AUUCCCUGUAAAUCAGGCUGUCAGCGGCACAGCCAGCGACCCCGCUGCCCCCGCCGCGCUCUCUGGAGAGGCUCGGCAGAGCCCCGCCGAGGGGCGAGGGCUCCCGGGAUGCUGCGGGCACGGAGCUGCAUCCCCAGGUUUUAAGCCCCGGAGGAUACAAUGUUCGCUAAACUCUUCCAGCAGUGGAGUUUCGCUGUGUUCCUGCUGAGUUAUUCCGUGCCCUCCUACGGGAGAUCAGUAGAGGGGAUCAGCCGCAGACUCAAACGAGCUGUAUCAGAGCACCAGCUAUUGCAUGACAAGGGCAAGUCAAUCCAAGACUUACGAAGAAGAAUAUUCCUUCAAAAUUUAAUCGAAGGUGUCAACACUGCAGAGAUCCGCGCAACGUCAGAAGUGUCACCUAACCCUAAACCUGCCACCAACACCAAGAACUACCCUGUCAGGUUUGGCAGCGAAGAUGAGGGCAGAUACCUAACUCAGGAGACAAACAAAUCACAAACCUACAAGGAGCAGCCCCUGAAGGUGUCAGGGAAGAAAAAGAAAGCAAAGCCUGGAAAACGUAAGGAACAAGAGAAGAAAAAGAGGCGAACCCGCUCAGCUUGGCUAAAUUCUGGCUUGUACGGAGACGUCGUGACCGAGAGCCCACUCUUGGACAUCUCUGUUACUACACAUAAUCAAACUUUGAGGAGGCGCUGAUGUUUUCAGCAAGAGAUAUUUGGAAGACACAUUGCAGUAUUCUGUAAUAGUGAACAUAUGGGAAGUAUUAAAAUAUUUAUUACCUGUAAAUAUUGUAAAUGCUCAGAA